GUUGACAGUCGGCAUGCUCGGCGUGCCGGCGUGGUGCGGUUGACGGUCGACUAGGCGUUUCUCUAAGCAUACAAGGCAGUCACUGUAGCCUCUUUUUUGAGGAUAAAAUAUUACACGAGUCGAGAGCAUGAGUUAAGAAACGCAACGUUAUCAAAGUAAGCAUUUGCUAAUUCACGAUGCAGCUCUGUGGUGAUCGAUUUUGAGCAAGAAGUCGGCGCCUUGAUCAGCGUAAAUCAGCGACUUCAGUAGCAGAACAGAGCCAGCAUUCGGCGGUGUUCGGUCGUCCAGGACGCUAGCGUUGCUUGCCUGUGCCGCCCUUAUAUGGAGCCUAGUACCCUGCAUUUUUGCUAGGAAUGUCUGAUGCGGCGCCAGACUGUGAUGCCUGCGGCGAGCGCGUGGGACUGCUCGCUGGUGGAGGGGCGUCUGGCGCCAAUUUGGCCACUCGCGAACGUGCUCCACCUGUAAGCCUAUCCGCCACCGAACACAGCAGCCGGCCUACACAGGCAGUAUCAUCGCGCCUGUCCUGGAGCUUCGAGGCACAGGACGAGCUUGCACGGCUGCACGCCGAGUUCGGUAGCAAGUGGUCAACCCUGGUGUCACAGCUGCCUGGCCGCAAAGAGAAUGAACUCAAGAAUCUUUGGCACUCUACGGUGCGCUGCAAGGACCCAGACAAACGAAGUCCUCUGCUCUUCCACUACGCGCAUUUGCUUACAGAGGCGCAGCAGGGGCGCCUGCUUCAAGUCCAGCAACACCAACAGGAGAAGCAGCAAGCGGCGGCGAGGGAGGGAGAGCUGCGGCAGCAGGAGCAGGCGUGCGAGCCGCAGCAAGAGGAGCAGGAGGAGGGCGGCAGCCCCGGUCCAAGCUCCAUUCCGCGGCAAAAGCCGCCAUCGGUGCAACCCGCCGAGGACCCAGCUUUUCGCCAAGCCGCCUUUGAGAAGGCAAAGCGCUUGUGCGAAGAGCUGCAGCGGGAAUCUCCCCGGGCAAGAGCCUCAGCAGCGGCGGAGCAGGAAACUGCGCCCGCUAGCGCUGCUGCCGCCGCAACGGUGGUGGCGGGUGUCUCUCCGGCAGAGGCGCGGCAGACGAGUGGCGUCCGUGCAAAAUGUUUAGCCCAGCCGCGGGCACGGCGCAAGUCUGAGGCACAGCUCGGGACCCUCAUGGCCAGCCGCGGUGCGGCUGCUGCGCAGGCGGCCGCAGCGGCAGCGGCGCACGUGUCGGCGGCGGCGCUGCAGCGCACAGCCAGCGACCCCGCUGACGCGGCGGCAGCGCGGUGGCAGAGGUCGUCUCGGCAGCAGGCGCCCGCUCGCGUGGCGUCAACCACAGACGGUGAGGUCAUUGGGGACGCACAGCCCCACCGCCGCCGCCAGCGCCGCAGCGACCAUAGCAACCCCGGCUCCACGCACACCAGCUGGGGCGGUGACAGCGGCAGCACGGGCACUGCUGCUGGCCCGAGCGCAAGCGGCGAAGGAGGUGUUGCGGCCAAGGGCAGUGCAGUUGUGGGGGCCGGCAGCGGUGUGGCCGCGGCUGCGGAUGCCGCAGGCUCCAUGCAGCCGCCACGCACAGCCCCUCGGAGGCGGCUGUCCGCCGUCGGCAGCGGCAACCUGCAAGAUGCUUCUGCUCCUCCCAGCGCCGGAGAAACUUUUGCGGCCGCCGCUUUGCCUGCGUCCGACGCGGGCAGGGCGGCGGCCGAGCUUGUUGCGGCGACCACGGCCCUCUCUGCAUGCGCCAUUGCCACCGCCGGCCCUGCUGCUACCGAGGCCGCGGCCGGCAACGUCUCGCUUGCUGAUGACGGGUUAAGUACAGCUGGGUUGCCAGACCGCACAGCUGCUUCUAAUCUGGAGGAGGAGGAGGAGGAGGAGGAGGAGGCGGGCGCAGCUGGCGGCCUCGCCGUCGGCGCAUUGCGGCUGCGGGCGCCGCCCCUGCCGGGCUCUUUCAGCGCCUUAACAGAAAUCGGCUGCGACAGAGCUGAAAUCGUUGACAUGGGCAGUCCAGUCGUCGCUCUACCGCUCUCACCAACGCUUGAUAGCGCCAGUGCAGAUGGAGGCAUCGGCGGCUAUGGCGGCCCGGUAGGCCCGGCUGGCCCUGCGGCAGCAGCAGUAGCGGCGGGUACGGUGCUGCAGCCCCAGAGCCCCAUGGGCCCCACCUUGAGUUCGCGGCAGCAACAACAACACCAGCAGCAACAGCAGCAACAGCAACAGCAGCAACCGGCGUAUUUCCUGGGAGGCUUGGUGAUCAGCACCCAGACACAGUUGGCGACAGGGGCGGGCUGGGAUUUCACGACCACGGGCCCAUCAGGCCCAUCAGGCCGCAGCCUGCCGCAGCCGCUUGGCGGCGGGCCUCUGCUGCUCUCGCCACGACAGCACACACGGGACUCUGCUAGCAGCCUCGCGCACAGCUGGGCCGACGGACAGCAGCUGGCGUUGCCGCCGGCUGCAUUCACGGCCGCUGCAGCCGGGCGACCGCUGCAGUCGGGAGGCGGCAGCGACGGGUUGGGCCAUUUGCUGCUGCAUGGGCACAGCAGCGCCGCUGCUACUGCCGGCAUCGGGAGCUGGAGCCUCGGUGGCGGCAGUAGCGUCAGUGGAACUGACAACGCAAGCGACACCAGCAGCCACGACCUGCGCCUUGCGAUGGCCGCUGCACUUGCAACGAGCGACAGCGCGCUGUUGAUGCACGGAGGUAGCGGUGGCCUUGGAAGCAUCAAGCCUGCGAUGCAUCUGCAGCAACAACACCAGCAACCGCAGCAGCCGCAGCCCCUGAACAUGCAAUCCAAGCAAUGGCGAGAGCCGCAGCAAGAGCUGGAGCAUGCUGAUGCUGGUGCCACACCGUCGGCGGCGGCGAAGCGCAACCGGCAGGAGUUUUCACUGCAGCAGCAGCAACAAGAGGGACGUCCAAUCCGGCGGCCCUCACACGACAUGCCUCAUUUGUCACUGCAGCGCUUCGAGUUUGAGCAGUUGCACGCGGGGCCGCCGCAGGGGCGCGUGGCCCUGUCCGCCGCCGCCGCCGCGGCCAAACCCACAACCACCUCGCUCUGGGGGCAGCAGCAGCCGCGGCCGCUGUCGGGCUUGCAUGCGGCGGCCUCUGUGCCUGAGACCUUUUUCACAGGCCAAUUGCCAAUGUACACAUCCCUUCCGCUUCAGCAGCAGGCAGCAGGGGGCAUGCCACCGCUGCUGCUGCCCUCUCCUGUCGCCAGGGUCAUUAGCUUCCCGAGCACUGCGCAGCAGCGACCGCACAUGACACGGCCGUACAUGCCGCAGCCCCCUGCUGCGCCGCCGCAGCAGCAGCAGCAGCUUGCCUCGCAGCAACCCCACCAGCAGCUGGUAUCGCUACUGGCGGCCGCUCAAAACAGUGCCGGCGCCGGGGUUGCCGGCGGUGACGCCGCAGCAAUCACAGCUGCUGCCGCGGCGGCGGCUGUUUCGCGUGCUACUUCAAGCCAGGGCGGCAGCAGCUUUGCAUUCCACAUGGGCGCGGUGCCUGGUGCCGGCGGCUUCCAGCCCAUGGCUCUGGGCCACAGUGUCGGCCUUACGGCGGCAAGUGCUGACCGGCUGCUGCACAGCUCUGCGCCGCCGGUUCUGCUAGCAGCUGCGGGCGGGCUGUCACCGGCCAUGGCUUCGCACUCGCCCAUGGCAGUCCAGCCGCGUGUCAGCGUGAUUGCGAUUCGGUCGGCAGGGCUGGCGGCGGCGCCUGCCAUGGGGCCGGUUGGCUCGGCGCCUGUAAACCAGCUGCAGCAGAGGUUGUACGAUGACGGACUCCGUCAUCCCGCCAUGACCGACGCGUCCUGCGUCAUGGGAUUGAACAGUGAGGACAUUGACACUCUAUUGGGUUGAAUGGGUUGAAGGUGAUAGUGUAAAUAUGCGGUCUGGUGGGCGAGGCGGGUGAUUGUGUCGGGCUGCGACGCAGGGCCGCCAGUUCGUCGCUGGCGGCAGGUGUUCGCGGAUGGAAAGGGUGUGAUUCCGCCCAUAGAGAACAAGCGCAAGGCGGACAAUUAAGAUGAGGCGCGGUAUGCAACAGUACGGUUGCUGGUGAUGAGCGCAGGAGAGUCUUGGUCUGCAUUGCGUUUACGGUACCCUCGGUUUUGUGAACCUGGGGGUAUCAUGAUCGGUGUGUGAUGGAAUGACAUAUAGUAAUGAAAUGGGCUCUUCGCAAAAUUGGGCCAUAUGAUCGCCCUUGCUACCCGAGGCUGCGGCUAUGUCAAGUGCGCCCUUGCAUGCAUUAGGACAUGGUACUCGAUUACACUCUCGCUGGGAGUGAUUUUGCGUGCGCUGUUAAACCCCGGCAUUACAGUACGUCAAGGCAUGCGCAUCGGACACUCGCCUUUAUGGGACUGGGUCGUUCGCGGCGUGCUUGCCACGUGUGCCUGUGUCCACAUGUGUCUACGUGUCCUCCUUCCGCUUCUGCGGGCGGUGCUGGUUAUUAGCAGCUGCCAAUGUAUCGAUGAGAGCCAGUGCGGUCCUAAUAUCUUCAGAUAUGCUAUGGAAUCAUCGUUGUCUUGGUCGUAAUCAAACUCCGUGUCAACGCUGGUAACCCGUCCCGCCGCACCUUGAUAUCCUGUGUCGCCUUCCAUUACCAGUUUGCGGGAGAUGUCCCUGCAAAGAGUGCUGUUGUAUGGUCAGAACAGUAAGUCUUGGUACGGAGUCAAUGCCACAAUGAUGGUGGAGAGGACCAGGGGAUCAGUAGAUUCUGAGAACCUUUGGGCUGAGGUUGAUAUGCAUCUGUAUGCAUGUGCGUAGCGGUGCAAGUGGGUGCAGAGUCCCCCAAUGCAUGCUGAAACGCACGUUAUGUGGCUUUGCAAAGGAAACACUUGAGUAGGGUGUAUGGCGGAGCUCUCUGACACGGAACCCAACGGAUGCUCGGAAUGCCAACGGUCGAACAGUGAAAGAGCCCGCGGCGGCAUGCAGGUGCAACGGGUUUGUACGUAUGGCUGCAAGUUAUGGGAGGGUCAUUGAGUGCUGAAUGGCAAACAAUGAUAGAAUGUGGGGAUUGUUCAGGGGUUAACUAUAUCCCCAUGGGUUCGGUUUACUUUGGGCUGGUAUCUACAACCCGCCCGGACCGCGAUUGUCCAAACACGCAACGUGCAGCAGAGAGCGCAUGGGUGCUGGGCUGAUGCACACUGAAAUGGUUUAUGUCGUCCUAUCUGUGCCAUGUGCGCGAUGUCUUCAUCUCCGCGCUCGCGUUGCCAAAAAUGAAGACCAACGAACUAAUUGUGUCAUUUGUUGCCCGGCUGACGGCUCCCAGGAUGCCCAUCGGCGGUCGUGGCACCGCACGCGCGGGGGCCGGACGCAGGGCCCUCGGCUUUGCUCUGAAUCAGGUGGGGGUGUGGCGGAAGGCAGUGGCACAUUCUUGUUUUAUGGCAUUUCGCCGCUGCAGCACAUGUCGGGUGUGCAGCAGGCGUGCAGCCCUGGACUCUACCAGAGGGUUGCGUCAACAGCACUGUAGGCAUGUUCCCGUGCAUCACGCCGCCUAGAUAGGUCGGACAUUCUUGCACUCGAACACCAUCGGGGGCACAGGCCAUGGUUUCUGGUCGGCAGCGUUCGGGGCACUUUAGUGGCUGGACCGCAUGAGCAUCUUUGGCGCGUGUGAGGAAGACUAAAUAUCAGUUGUACGGUACGGUAAUAGGAGGGCAAGAAAGGUCGGCGCAUAUUGCAUGAGCAAGUACGGCGCAUUCAUAUGUAAUACGAAAUUGUGCCAUUUACGUGAGCAUGUGUGUGGGAAGCCAGGCCGACAUGGGAAUUUGCGACUGCUGCGGUAUUGAAUGCGUUUGUGGUUGUACUGCGGUCACACCUGGCGAAUGAGGGGCAACCUCGGAAAGGCAAGUUGCUGCGCGCAGGAGAGCUGUUGGUCAUUGGGUUACGGUGCCUUAUUAGCGGACACCAAGCACGGCAACUUCGGUAGGAAUACCGUAUGUACGCGUGAGGUUGAGGGCCAGGGGGGCGAUGCCCUGCAGGGUGCGUGGGCUGCCUAGGCUACCCAAGGCAGCUGGGAGCUGGCGUGCCCUGACUCCUUGUGGCUGCUUGCAACUGGUAGCUAGAUGCGCAGCUGUACAAAGACCAUGUGCCCAUGGGUCCCUGUAAGGUGCGCAGGGGCAGGCCAUAUAUUUCUUGUCCUAAAAGAGGGACGCGUCAC